AUGUUUACUCUGAUGAGCUCGUUGCGUUUUGCCAUCGGUCAGGUACAAAACGUCAGUCUUAUCUUUCUUAGCGCAAUGGCCACCUCGAUUUGUAACUCGCUCAAUGAAAAUGACCAUGAAAACAUAACUGGUAGAGCAAAGAUUGCCACGACUGUCGUCACUAUCAGCAUUGCUGCAUUCUCGUUGGGCAUAUGCCUCGUUAUCAUGGGACGAUGUAAGCUGGCGUCGCUUGCUUUGUACGUUCCGGUGCCUGUGAUUGGUGGCUAUCUUGCAUUUAUGGGCAUCUUUUGUCUCUUUGGAGGGUUUGCACUCAGCACGGGGCUCGUGAUCAACGAUUUUACGUCGAUGUUGAAUGCACUCAAAGAUUCGCACAAUGCAGUACUCUGUCUUCCAGGAUUCAUUGGUGGUGUCAUGCUCCUCAUCGUUUCAAAGUAUGUCAAAAGUCCAUUCGCACUGGCAACAGCUAUCGUGAUCAUGCCUAUGCUUUUCUUCUUGGUGCUAAUUGCUGGUGGCAUUUCGCUCGACGAAGCACGUGAUAGCGGCUGGGUCAAUUCGGCAGGAACCUCCAUAAGCAUCACAGAGAUCGUCAGUCUUCUCGACAUCUCUCUGGUGCAUUGGGGACAAAUUCCCAGGCAAUUCGUCACGUGGCUAGCAAUGGUCUUCUUCGUCGCCUUCUCUUCCACUCUGGAUGCCAUCGCCAUUGAGACCGACUUGAGCAAAAAACUCGAUAUCGAUCACGAGCUUAAGAUCGUUGGCUGGUCCAAUGUUGUUAGCGGGUUGUUUGGAGGCUACACGGGUUCCUACAAUUUCAAGCAAACCAUUUUUACAUGCCGUUCCAAGACCAACUCGCGUCUCGUAGGCGUGUGUGUGGCUCUGACGGAAUUAGCCAUCGUCGCCAUCCCAGUAUCGGUGACGAGUCACGUUCCAAGGUUUUCCGUAGCCGCUACUCUCAUUUUUGUGGCAGUGGACCUCAUGUUCGAAUGGUUGGUGCUCGCGUACCGCAAAAUGUAUCUGUGCGAAUGUGCUGUGGUAUGGUUGACCUUCAUCGCCAUGAACUACUUCUCACUAGAGCUGGGUAUACUAGCUGGUGCGAAUGUUGCUGUCCUCAACUUCAUUCUAAGCUACGUGAAAAUUCCUGUCACACACUCUUGCUUGCCUUCGUCAGCCGCGAGGCCAUAUUUUGGUGAAAGUAUUGGUAGCCUCCGUCCUCGUUUCUCAGCUGCUGUGCAGAACACUGGAAAAAGUAUCGUAAGCUUUAGUUCCUACGAAUCGGUGGGAGUCCGCAACGUCACGCAGAGCACAUUGCUCAACUCCAAACACAAUGUAAUCGCGCAUUUCAAGUUCUGCGGAUACCUUUUUUUCGGCUCAUCAGUUCAAGUACUAGACGGAGUUCAGAAAGGUGUUUACGUUCGCAAGCUCAAGAAGGUAAGAGAAGAGAGUGAAACUAAACAACGUGAUUCGAGCUUCCUCCCUAUCCAUCCGUCGACCUGGGACGCUCCAGUCGAGUGCCUGGACGGCAGCCCAUGUCCGAAUGAAAACACCCCACCAACCGAGUUUGUCAUCAUAGACUUUACCCGCGUGUCCGGGAUGGACGCAACAGCGGCACGAAAUGCAUUCUUAGUUUUGCACAAUUACUGCAAGAUUCGAGGCAUUCGUGUCGUCUUUGCAUGUGUACGACCCGAAAUCCGUCGUCUGCUGCUGAAAAAUAAGGCUGCGAACGAAGACAGUUUUUUCGUAACAGCCAAGUCAGCUCUCGAGUUUUGUACAAAGCAGUUAAUGCCUGGCGUUAAUAAUGUCGUCAAGACAAAGCGUUUUGGAUACUCGAAUGAGCCCAUUCGUUUGCUGUUGCACCGCUUCUUGGACGAACCUGAUAACUCGAAGCUGCUUCAGGGCAUUGAUAAUUUCUUUCAAAAACUUGAAGUCCCUGCAGGUCAUGAGUUCUAUCAUAUCGCCGAGUCCUCGGACCACUUCUACUUCCUCGCUCAUGGUUCCGUCACAUUGUUUGUAAAUGAAGACGGCAAUACUGCAUUCGGCCAGCCUCUAAUGAAGCUACAGCCUGUUCUUGCUGGCUCCAUGUUCGGCGAGGUGUCGUUUUUCAGCCAGAAUCCACGACAGACUGCUGCAACUGCAUUUGAGUCUUGCAUUGUGUUUGAAAUGAGUCGUGAUCAGUUCAAUGCCAUGAAAGUGCAGGCGCCAACCCUAUCGAUUAGUUUCCUUGACGUUAUCGUACAAUCCAUUCUAAAGUAG